AUGCCUCCCCAGCCGAGCGGUAAGGCCGUGAAGAAGGCCGGCAAGGCGCAGAAGAAUGUGCGCGCCACCGACAAGAAGAAGAAGAAGCGCCGCAGGAAGGAGAGCUUCUCCAUCUACAUCUACAAGGUGCUGAAGCAGGUGCACCCCGACACUGGAGUCUCCAGCAAGGCCAUGUCCAUCAUGAACAGCUUCGUGAACGACAUCUUCGAGCGCAUCGCCGCCGAGUCGUCCCGUCUGGCUCACUACAACAAGCGCUCGACCAUCACGAGCCGGGAGAUCCAGACUGCCGUGCGUCUGCUGCUGCCGGGCGAGCUGGCCAAGCACGCCGUGUCCGAGGGCACCAAAGCCGUCACCAAGUACACCAGCUCCAAGUAG